UCUCUUUUUUUUUUUUUUUACUUUCUCUAUCUUUUCUCUCUCUCUCCUCCAUUGCAGCCACCCUUCACCAUAGUCAACGCUGACGGACGGCGACGGCCAGUCUCAUUUGGCAUUCCCCGGAAAAACCCUAAAUACUCAUUUCUUAAAUUUCCCUUCUUCAACCUUCAAUUUCCUCCGAUCUACCAAACCCUCGAGUCGCCGGAUUCAUUCCCUCCAAUCGCUGUUUGUUAUUUCAGAAUUAUGUCUUCGGAAAUUGAGGUCGUCGAUGAGGUUCAAUCCCGAGAUCAACAGCCCUCCCAGAAUGCUUCUGCUUCCACUGCCAACGGCGAUGCGGAUGAGAGCUUGAGGAAUGAUGUAUACACGGCUGCGGCUUAUGGGGAUUUGGAGAAGCUUCAAAGAUUGGUCGAGUGCGAGGGUUGCUCCGUUUCUGAGCCUGAUGGCCUUGGUUACUAUGCUCUUCAGUGGGCUGCUCUUAAUAAUCGUACUGCCGCUGCUCGGUAUAUAAUUGAGCAUGGAGGUGAUGUAAAUGCCGCAGAUCAUACCGGGCAAACAGCCUUGCAUUGGAGUGCUGUUCGUGGAGCCGUUCAGGUGGCCGAGGUUUUACUCCAAGAGGGAGCUGUAGUCAAUGCUGCUGAUAUGUAUGGCUAUCAGACAACCCAUGUUGCAGCUCAAUAUGGUCAAACAGCUUUUCUCUAUCAUAUUGUUUCAAAAUGGAAUGCGGAUCCUGAUGUUCCUGACAAUGAUGGGAGAAGUCCUUUACACUGGGCUGCAUACAAAGGUUUUGCUGAUUGUAUACGACUUCUUUUGUUUUUGGAUGCAUAUCGGGGACGCCAAGACAAGGAAGGCUGCACUCCUCUCCAUUGGGCAGCUAUUAGGGGUAAUUUAGAGGCAUGUACAGUGUUAGUGCAAGCUGGAAAGAAAGAGGAUCUGGUGGUGACUGAUAAUACUGGCCUUACACCAGCACAACUUGCUUCCGACAAGAACCACAGACAAGUUGCCUUUUUUCUUGGAAAUGCUAGAAGGCUGCUUGACAAACGUUGUGACGGAAAUACCCGCCUUGGAAAAUUUUCAAAACUAGGACUUGCCCCUGUACUUUGGUGUUUAAUCUUUCUAUUGCUUGUGACAUAUAUUCAUUCUGUCAUUUUAGCAUCAAAUCUGCCAAAGUUAACAUCUGGCUUAGGACUUCUUGCAUGGAUGGGUGUUUUUUUAGCAACCACGGGUCUGCUUAUGUUUUAUAGAUGUAGCAGCAAAGAUCCAGGUUUCAUUAGAAUGGACGUGCACGACUCUGAGAAUAUGAAAGAUGACGAACCUUUGUUGAAGAUUGAGAUCAACAAUCCCGCUUUGCUGGCUGGGAAUUGGUCUCAGCUCUGUGCUACUUGCAAGAUUGUCAGGCCUCUUCGUGCAAAGCACUGUUCAACUUGUAAUCGAUGUGUUGAACAAUUCGAUCAUCAUUGCCCUUGGGUAUCCAAUUGUAUUGGCAAGAAAAACAAAUGGGAUUUCUUUAUAUUUCUCGUUUUGGAAGUUUCAGCAAUGUUGAUCACUGGAGCAGUUACCGUUACAAGAGUUGUAACUGAUCCAUCAUCUCCAUCGUCUUUUGGAGCUUGGAUUAAUCACGUCGGAAACCAUCAUGUUGGUGCUAUAUCCUUUCUCAUUGUUGAUUUUUUCCUCUUCUUUGGUGUGGCAGUCUUAACGAUUGUCCAAGCAUCUCAGAUAUCUCGUAAUAUUACUACAAACGAAAUGGCAAAUGCUAUGCGGUAUAGUUAUCUGCGCGGCCCUGGAGGUCGGUUUAGGAAUCCUUAUGAUCAUGGGAUCAGGAAAAACUGUUCAGAUUUUCUGAUAAAGGGAUACAACGAAGACGUAGAGUAUAAUGAAAGCUCGUCACAUUCAGAAGAGAUGGAAGCAAUGUCUUCACCGAUGAAUUCAGUCAUGCAAAAUGGGGAUUCUCAUUCUCACCACACCAAUGGAAACAACCACAUAGCAAUAAAUAUGAAUUCUAAGAAUACAACUAGCCAUCACGGCCAUUCUCAUUCUUCAAAUUGUAGUCACAGUAACCAUGGGAAAGCUAAAAACGAUGCUGUCCCAUUGGGCUUAGGUCUCGGUCUUGGGCGUUUAUCAACUCGCUCAGUAGCAGCCUCAUGAUGCUUGUUAUUGUUUAAAUGAUCAUGGAGUUAGUGUUCUGUAUCAUGUCCAUAUACUCUAACAUUAGAUUCAAAUACCCAAUUAUGAUUUGUGCGCUCCAUUCCUUGCGAAA